AUUAUGAAAUUCUUUUCUAUCUAAUAUCAUCAAAUAAAUUUCCAAGCAUUUUUACAAACGAGUAAAACUUAAGCAAACGUGUUGCAAUACAAUAGCGUAGGAAAAAUUCCUUGAAAACUUUUUUUCUAAUUGUCUUUAUUUGCUAUUUGACUUAUACAGUGAAACCGAAAGUGCAAUAAACUAAAGUUACCUUUUGUAUUUUUAAACUUUUCUGCCUUAAGAGCGCAAAGAAAGUAAAAAAAUAAGAAAAAAAAAUAUUAAGUAAAUAAAAUAUAUCAAAAACCAACAACGACGACAACGUUAACAACAACAGCCUAGCCCUAAACGAAUUUCUUUUAUAAAUAACAACAAUUUAUUUAUAAGGUGAGCAAGCGUGCAUGACAAAAUGUUCGCCCUGUGGUAUUUAACUUUUGCUAUUGAUGAAAUGCGCAAACGUUACGGUUGGACUUUUCUUGAUAUUUUCUAUCCGAAAACUAAGACUGUUCCCCCGAAUAAUGUACUCGACAAUAAGCCGACCGUUGUCGCACCGAAAGUGCCUGAGCCUGCAGCCAAACCGGCUACUACCACUGUAACAGUUACUUUAAAACCUACAAAUAAGCCCACCCCAACAACACCAGCAUCCGUUACUUCUCCAACACCCCAAAAACCCUCUUCUUUACCAACACAACAGCCGACAGCGACAAAACCCGAGAUACCAGCACCGUUAGCGAAACCAAGCCCCGAACUCCCUACACCAGUCACUCCUGUUAGUGCUCCUGUUCUUCCUGUUGCUUCUACUAUCCCUGCCAAUACACCCGCAACACCGUUAGCUCCGUUUGCACCAAAAAAAUCGAAUCCCUUCUUGGAGAAUGGUGACGCUUCCUUGAAAGAUGCUUUGGACAAGAAACUUAUGCAAGCUUCCGAUACUGUGGAAACUGUGAAAAAUGAUCUUAAAAAUGCUACCGCCAAUUUUUUGAGCGGCGAAUCAUCUGCACCGUCGCCAACUAAAAAUAUCAAGCCAUCGAAAUCCAGAAAAGACACCAUGGUUGACGCUGCUGUUCUUACUAAAUUGGAAGAGGGCUUUGCCAAAUUGGCUGCAUCUGACUCCAAGUCAUUGUUGAAGAAAUAUUUGACCAAAGAAAUCUUCGACAAUCUUAAGGAGAAGAAAACUCCCACCUUUGGUUCGUCUUUGCUAGAUUGUAUUCAAUCCGGUUUGGAGAAUCAUGAUUCCGGUGUCGGCAUUUAUGCUCCCGAUGCCGAGGCCUAUACAGUAUUUGCCGAUCUCUUUGACCCCAUAAUUGAAGAUUACCAUGGUGGCUUCAAGAAGACCGACAAGCAUCCACCCAGAGAGUUCGGUGACGUUAACUGUUUCAGCAAUUUAGAUCCCAAUAAUGAAUUCAUUAUUUCUACCCGUGUGCGUUGCGGUCGCUCUUUGCAAGGUUAUCCUUUCAAUCCCUGUUUGACUGAAGCCCAAUACAAGGAAAUGGAAGAGAAAGUAUCUUCCACAUUAUCCGGUUUGGAGGGUGAAUUAAAGGGAAAAUUCUAUCCCUUAACUGGAAUGGAAAAGGCAGUGCAGCAACAGCUAAUUGAUGACCAUUUCUUGUUCAAGGAGGGCGAUCGCUUCUUGCAGGCUGCCAACGCUUGUCGUUUCUGGCCCACUGGCCGCGGUAUUUACCAUAACGAUAACAAAACUUUCUUGGUCUGGUGCAAUGAGGAGGAUCAUUUGCGUAUUAUUUCCAUGCAAAUGGGCGGUGAUUUAGGCGAAGUUUACCGUCGUUUAGUCUGUGCUGUCAACGAAAUUGAGAAGCGCCUCCCCUUCAGCCAUGAUGAUCGCUUGGGCUUUUUGACUUUCUGUCCCACUAACUUGGGUACCACCAUUCGUGCAUCUGUACACAUUAAGGUACCCAAAUUAGCUGCCAAUAAGGCAAAAUUGGAAGAAGUCGCGGCCAAAUACAAUUUGCAAGUGCGUGGCACACGCGGUGAGCACACUGAAGCCGAAGGUGGUGUAUACGAUAUCUCCAAUAAGCGCCGCAUGGGUCUUACCGAAUUCGAUGCCGUUAAGGAAAUGAAUGACGGUAUUGCCGAACUUAUCAAGUUGGAGAAGGGUAUGUAAGCUGUCAUCGUUUUCGUACUACGCGGCUACUUUCAUCAUCCACAGCCGUUGAACACGACGUUUGGUGGUUAUGACAAUGACAAUACGUGCUUCUUCUAUUUCUUUCUAUGUUUAAAGCUUUAGCAUUUCUUAUACUAUGAAAUUCUCUUAUAUAUUUCCAGCAUCUUGAAUUUUCAAAAACAUUGUCGUUGUCAACCAUAUUAAGAACCGCCAUCUACCAUCUUUUAAGUUACAAGCAUCUUCUUACAUAUUUAUUAUGAAAUAAAUUUUCUUUGUUUUUUUUUUUUAUUAUUAAUAUUUAAAUAAAUAAGAAACAAGUUCAUGAUGUAUGGAAGAAGAAUUAAAUUAAAUGCGAUAAUUGAAUCGACAUUAAAAAA